UCCAUUGCGGUCUUACCCCCAUGGCCGAAAACGGGCUCUCAUACUUCUCCCCGCUGCCAGGCAGUGGUAGGGGUGGGCCCAGAGGGCCAGUGCCAGUGAAAGUUGACACUUCUGUCUGGUUGACUGCCCAGGCGGCCCCUCGCAUGCUGAUGGCCCAGCCGGGGAUUCAGCUGGGGAUCAGCCCAGGCCCUGAGGUGCUGGAGAUGCCCCUGGGUCCCCUGCCAUACGAAUUCUGGGGCGGGAUGGUGCCCCGCAGGCCCAGGGUCGGAGCUGGCGAGACGGGGUCGUGGUUCCCAAGACCCUCUGAGGGCACCUUCCCCAGGCCCUACAUCAUCCUGCGGUGCAUCCCGAGGUUGGCACUGCCAGAGGACGUCUCAGCCAUAGAGAAAGAGAUGGAGCAGCUGGCCAAGGAGCUGAAGGAAAAGAGAAUGGCGCUGGGGUACUCGCAGGCCGACGUGGGGUUCACUAUGGGGGCUCUCUUUGGAAAGGUUCUUAGCCAGACAACCGUCUGCCGCUUUGAGACCCAGCAGCUCAGCCUCUCCAACAUGUGGAAGUUGCGACCUCUGAUGAAAAUGUGGCUGGCGGAAGUGGAUACCAAGAACUUUAUGGGCAUAUGCAAAGUGGAGAUGAUCCUGCAGCAGGAUCGGAAGCGGAGACAGGCAGCCAGGGAGCGACACAUCGGAAGCAGUCUAGAGAAACUCUUCUUGCAGUGUCCGAAGCCCACGCCGGAGCAAAUCAGCCACAUCGCUGGGCAGCUCCGGCUACCAAAGGAACUGGUGCGAGUUUGGUUCUAUAACCGGAACAAGAUGGGUGGUCACCCAACCAUUGAUUUCUGCCGCCCGGAGGAUGUGGGGACUUCAGGGCCUCCUUUCCCAGGGGGAUCAAUGUGCUUUCCUCUGGCAUCCGGGCCCCAUUUCGGUCCCCCCCAGUAUGAAGGGCCCUACUUCACCUUCACCCCUUUCCCUGGGGAGGGGACCCACCUCUCUGCCCCAGCCACCCCUCUGGGCCCCUCCAGGCUUUCAAACUGAGGGGCCUGUCCUUCUGGACAGAGCUGAACUGGGGAAAUAGGUCCCUGAGGUUCAUUUCGGGA